ACAAUAGAUUAUAUUGAGAAAGAAAAACAGAUAAAAAUUGAUCUGCUGUUGAUCUGCGGAGACUUUCAGACGACACGAAACACUGCCGAUUUAAAAUGUAUGAAUGUACCUGAUAAAUAUAAAGAAUUGGGAUCCUUUUAUAAAUAUUACUCUGGUGAAGCGAAGGCACACUGUCCGACUGUGUUUGUUGGAGGAAACCAUGAAGCCAGUAAUUAUUUAUGGGAAUUGUACCAUGGGGGAUGGGUUUGUGAAAAUAUUUACUUCCUUGGCCGUACGGGGGUUAUAAAUUUUGGAGGCCUCAGGAUAGGGGGAAUCAGCGGAAUAUAUAAUUUUGCAGAUUACAAAAAAGGUGCAAUUACGAGAAAAUGCCAUACAGUGAAGCUACCAUUCGGAGCAUUUAUCACGUUAGGCAAUAUGAUAUUUAUAGACUUUCUCAGGCAUAUCAGGAAACCUAUUGAUAUCUUCAUGUCUCAUGAUUGGCCCGAAGGUAUCACUAAAUUUGGAGACGAACAAAGUCUUCUUAGGAUAAAACCUUAUUUCAGGAAAGACCUCGAAACGAAUAGACUGGGGUGUCCCCCGGGUAAAAUUUUAUUGUCAAAGUUAAAACCGAGAUAUUGGUUUUCCUCGCAUAUGCACGUAAAGUUUGCAGCUGUCGUAUAUCAUGAUUCUGAGGGAAGGUUGAGUAGAUCAGAAACAAAAAAGUUCAAUAAUAACCCAGAUGAGAUUAACAUUGAUCUGGACAAAUGCACCACGGUCGACAAUCCAGACGAAAUAAUCAUGUCGCUUGACAUCAAUGAUUUAAAUGAGGCGCCUGAACAGAACAAAUGUACCACGGUCAACAAUCCAGACGAAAUAAUCAUGUCGCCUGACAUUGAUAAUUCAAAUGAAGCACUUGAAUCGAUUGAUGAGGAUAUUAGUAUUUCAGAAGAUACGAAAGAUUCAGAGAAGAUAGCUAAAUCACUUGACUCGGAUGUUAAUAAUUUAAACAAGGAUAUUAAUAAUCGAGAAGAGAUAGCCGUUUCAUCGAAAGUUAAUAACAUCCCUAAGGAAUCACCGAUUGAUCUUGAAUUUAAAAAUAGUUCUGAAGGAGCUCCGUCAAGUCACAAUCAUCAUACGCGAGAAUCUGUCGCGAGUUCGUCGACAUCGAUAUCCGCUCAUCCUUCUUGCACUCGUUUUUUAGCGCUCGAUAAAUGUUUACCGGGGCGAAACUUUCUGCAGGUUUUGGAUUUCCCUGAUGCCAAUGGACCUUUGGAAUUUAGCUAUGACGAAGAGUGGUUGGCGAUAACAAAGGCGACUCACGACUUCCUCUCCCUAGAAUAUCCACAGACGCCGUUUCCUUCACAUGAGCAAAUUAUAGA